CAUACAUUAUCCUUCACUACCACCUGCGGGACUCGAAAAAACACGCCCACCUGCCGGCCUCUUCUGCGGAACCGCCUUCUCUCGUUUGUGACGCCGGCUCCCACCUCCCCAUAUCCCUUCCUCCAGCGACGACGACGACGACGACACGACGGCGCCACUCGAUUUGCGGACCGCGCCCUUUUUUGACGUUCUGGUUCUCCGCGCCCCGAUUGCCUUCGUCGACAGCAACGGCGACCAACAAGCGACGACAGAAACACUCACACCCACAAGUCUGGACGCGGGACGUCAGGAAGGAGCGUCCGCUCGUACUCUCGCCUCGCCCCAUGUCUGCCGCGCCCGGAAUGAGGUAGCCUUCCGCAUGCUCUCAGCUCCCUGACCGGACUGAGGCUGCUGCGCCCCUGACCCCGAGUGACGACGAGACUCUCGCCCGGCACGCACGCCCCUGGAUUGGCGUCUCGCCUCUAUGACAUUGAAGCACCAGGCACACGCUGGGCCUAGACCAGCCGACUCAUCAUCUCCUACCCGAAGCGUGCCUGGCUCCAAUCAGUCUUUCACCAAAGGCAUUCGCCUCGUGUCCGGCAACGCUCCAAUGCUCGCCGCAUCCUCGUCCAGUCAAUACAAUCACUCGCUCAGUUCCGUCGACCGAAAUGGCGAAAUUGGGCAAUCGGCUCAGUCCUCCGGCUCGUACGACUUCUUACCCUCCGUCAACUUCGACGACCUUCAAACGAGCAUCGAGUCCGCCUCGACCGAGUUCAAGUUGACGCAGUUCCCAUCCCCGACCGGAGAAGGCAGUAUUCUCGACCCCAACGGCAAGCCUUUCGCCGACAAGAAGCAGCCAGCCAUGCCUCAGGCGGCGAGCCAAACACGGGUCGCCAACCCGCCAUCGACGACCAAGCCAGGGCGCUCCGGCUCUAUCCUGCGAAGGCCUAGCACGUCUAGCAGACAUACCAGCACCUCAACCUUACUCUCCUCGAGCUCCGGCACCCUUGACCCCUCUGCUGCCGCGGUGUCCUCUCGCAACCGCAGGCAGAGCCACUACCCCCCGAUCUCCAACGCAAACGUCGUCCCCAAGCCUGCCCGAAAGUCAAUCGGUCAGGUCAUUGCAGGGGAUGCCGACGCCCCCUCGCGUAAUGUUCCGACACGCCGUCCUAGUCUGUUGGGUGAGAGGGGCAUGGCUGGGGACUCGUCUCGCAGGUCCAUCGACGGCGGGUCUGGCCCUGUACCCGAUAUGCCACGUAACAUGGUCAACUCGAGGGCCGCAAAGGCGAAGUCGGUACAGCCACCUAUGCGACCCAGUCAGGCAAACUUAUUGGCAGAAUCCAACCUGACUCCUGAGCACAACAACCGGCUGUCAACACUGGCGCCCCGUUCACCACGUGUCGGUGGCAGAGGCAUGACACCCUCAUCUGGAGGCAAGCGGGCCUCCGUAAUGCCUGGCUCUCACCACUCCUCUCACGCUACCGGUUUGGGUGCGCGUACGAUAAGCCCUACCGAUACGCGACGGAUGAAGCGAUUAUCCACAAUGCCACAGUCGCAGAGCCUUAAUUUCUUGGCCAACGUGCCCCCUCCUCCUCCUAUCUCCAUGGACACGCGUGCAGAUUCCCGCUCGCCUUCCAUGAUCCCUCGAAAGGCAUCUGGCACGCCUUCCUCAUCUCGAACGACGCCAGAAGUCAGCAACCGAAAAUCAUACAGCUCGGGGCUGUCCAUUGGCUCAACAACAAGCUUCAACACGGUGCGGACAUCGACGGGUUCGAUGCAGCCUCGUCUCCCUCAGUCAAUGUCGAUGUCCCGGUUGCCUGCGCCAAAGCAUACCACUGUGCAUAGUUCUCAUGCUACCGAAGAGGAUGAGGACGUCCCUCCAGUCCCGGCGAUCCCAAAGGCUUACGAGUCGCCCAAAGAUUCGCCUGCGGACGCCUACUUCAUGGAAAAGAGAAAGACUGGUCUAAGCACUGUCGAUACCAUUGCCAGCUUUGGCAACUCGACCGGAAGCAUCACCAUGCCUGUCCUGCCAGAACCGACAAAGGUGCAGCACAAGGCCGGUGCUAGGAAGAGCUCCCUUAUGUCGUCGACCAGCCUAAAAGAUGGCAAUGGUGUUGUCCAAUUGAAGAAGCAGUUGCAGCCUCUGAGGUUACCGCCCCUCAAUAUUGGGCCACUGAAUCUUCCUACGAACCCCAAGUCGGUCGCUCCCAGUGAAUACACUAAUUCUGGGCGGGCGCUGAGUCCCCCGCCUUCGAGACACAUCCAGAAGACACCCACCACGCCAAUGACAGCGUCAAAAAGCUCCUUCUUCUCCAAGAGCAAAUACGAUGGGACUAUCGAGAUGCCGUCGCUGAGAAGCAGCAGCUCAGUUCACCAUGCUCAUAGGUUGACACCAAGUCCACCAAAUGGAGAAUCUUCAGAUUCGUCCCUCAGUAUUUCUGAAGCGAAGCAGAAGGCGAGCAUCUCGCCGUUUCUGUCAUCCUCUCUACCAAAGGGCGGAUUCGAGCAUGGCUUUCUCAAGCGCUCCAAGACUGGUGGCGACUAUGCCACGCUCACUGGCAAUGCGUUUGAUGACAGGGUGCAGCAGAAGCCCGCCGGGCCAAGGGAACCAAACACGGACAAACCGGUUCCGAAGUCUCCCACACCCGCUCCGGCACGCGAGGAACCACAGACGCCGACGUCGAAGAGCUCGCUGAGGAGGAAGCUGAGCUUGACGUGGAAGCGUGGCAAUUCCAAGGGCAGUUUCACGGGGCCGGUGGAAGCUGCGGACAAGUUCGGCACGCAUCAGGAGAGCAAGCAAGAGGCCAUGCCUCCGCCGCGCAUUCCAACGUCAGCGACAACUAGCAGUCUAUCGACCGCGAAGCAUUCCGACCCCUCCCCGAUUAUCGGCGCAAACGGCAAAUACCUCGAGUCGAGGAGGCGGAAGAGCUCCGCCGCAAGCCUCACCAAUUACGUGGUUCACGAUCGUGUGAGGAGCGACACCUGGGCCAGCAAGAAGGAGGGUACGGAUUCCGCUAUGCCCACGACGCGCAACCAAGGGGCAGCCAACAGGACAAUUCGGCCACGAACAUCAAUGAGCGCUAUGCGUAGCGCGCUGUAUUCCGCCGCAGAUUUGGACAAGGACGACAUGGUGGCAGAGGAGGAGAUGCGAAAGAUGGGUUCGCGGCGUAAAGAGACCGAGGUCGCCGCUCGGGCUCUGGAUGCCUUGCGAAAGCGCGCGACACCCAAGGAGCGCGUCAGCGCACAUGAGGCCGUCCGCAUCGCCAUGCUCAAUAUUUAUGAGCGGGGCGAGAUUAUCGACUUUGACGACAUCUACUUCUGCGGUACGCAAAACGCCCACAAGGUCGUGGGCAAUGUGCAGUCAGAUGCACCAAACUUUGGCUACGAUGACGAGCGCGGAGACUACACGAUCAUCCCAGGAGACCACCUUGCCUACAGGUACGAAAUUAUUGAUGUUCUUGGAAAGGGUAGCUUCGGGCAAGUAGUCCGAUGCAUCGACCACAAGCUCGGUGUGCUCGUUGCUGUCAAGAUCAUUCGGAACAAGAAGAGGUUCCAUCAGCAGGCUCUCGUCGAGGUCAAUAUUCUUCAGAAACUCCGCGAAUGGGAUCCGAAGAACAGGCACAGCAUGGUCAAUUUUACCCAGCAUUUCUACUUCCGCGGUCAUCUUUGUAUCUCGACGGAGCUGCUCGACAUGAACCUCUACGAGUUCAUCAAGGCUCACUCAUUUCGAGGUUUCUCCCUGCGAAUCAUCAGGCGAUUCAGUAAGCAGAUAUUAAGCUCGCUGAUCCUUCUCAAACAACGCAAGGUGAUUCAUUGCGAUCUCAAACCCGAAAAUAUCUUGCUGCGGCACCCCCUUCACUCGGAGAUCAAGGUCAUCGACUUUGGUUCCAGCUGCUUCGAACACGAGAAAGUGUACACGUAUAUCCAGUCCCGAUUCUACCGGUCGCCAGAGGUCAUCCUGGGUAUGACAUACGGCAUGCCCAUUGACAUGUGGAGCGUUGGGUGUAUUUUGGCGGAGCUCUACACUGGCGUCCCCAUCUUCCCCGGUGAGAACGAACAGGAGCAGCUCGCCUGCAUCAUGGAGGUCUUUGGCCCGCCAGAGAAGCACUUGAUCGAGAAGAGCACGAGGAAAAAACUCUUCUUCGACUCGAUGGGUAAGCCGCGAUUGACCGUGUCGUCUAAGGGACGCAGGCGACGGCCCUCGUCAAAGACGCUGCAGCAGGCACUCAAAUGUGACGACGAGGCUUUCAUCGAUUUCCUGGCGCACUGUCUGAGGUGGGAUCCAGACCGCCGGCUUAAGCCCGAGGAAGCAAUACGGCACGAGUUCAUCACGGGCCAAAAACCAACGGCGCCUAUCCUGCGCCUGCCAGCGCGAGACCCGUCUCCCGUCAAGCGCUCCAGCACGGUGAGCGCGCCACGGCCGCUGCCGGAUCCCCCAGGAGCUAUGGGCAGGGGUUUCAGCGCGGCGCGAACCGGAGUCAGCCCCCACAAGCCCGUCUCGGGGGCAAGCCGGAGGGUGUCUGGAGCGACGGCCGCCACAGCCGCCAGCAUCAACAGGCGAACCAGUGCAGGCGGCGGAUCCAUAAGCGGCGGAGUCAGCGGGCUGCCACGUGCGGCCGUCAGGACGGCAAGCGGGAAGCAAGACCUCGCCGCUGCGGGGGCGAGCGCUGCAAUGAGCCGCAAGGUAUAACCCUCGUGAACGGCCACGAGUGAGCCGAUGCGGACGAGGGCGGGCUUUCUUUGACGCGCUCGAGAUGCACCCUCGUCCGGGACGGAACGAGUUACCAUGGACUUGCGCCCAAUCCUUCUUAGUUGACCGUUGCAACUUGCUCUGUUUAUCUGCGAGUUGAGCAUUCCAUCUUCAGCAUCCCUGCGAUAUACCAACAGACACAGCGAGUGUCUGACUCAAAGGCAUUAAGCAUUCUCGGCGUCUGCACCGGGCGGGCCGGGCCAUGAUCAUGGCGGUCGAAUGGAUUAUGAGACGGCAGCAAGGGAAAUCAUAUGACCACCACGCAGCAUCGGCAGGGCCUGAACCUCAUUGACAUGUAAAAUAUCUUUCAUGAAGGGAUUGAGUGAUGUGGCCAUGGGGGUUGCAAUUGCUACUUGUUCUUCAUUGGGACAAGCUGGGACAGGAGGGCGGGCGGUGACAGGCCACGGCAUGAUUCACCGUCGCCAAGGCGAGGCGAUGGAGUGGACGCUUUUCAUUUCUCACAUAAUGACAGGCCCUCCGUACUGGGCAUAGAACUAAAGACAUUGUGAUACCAAGGCGUGGUUCCCUCUGAGGCCUCCGCCGCGUGUCUGUGCCCUCCAGGC